GAGGACGUCCUCUGGGUGCCCCUCGGCCUCCAUGCAGGACAUCCGUUCCCAGGGUGGCCCGGGCCAGGCCUCGGGGGUGCAAGGGUUGACCUGACCUCCCCCCCCCGCUCCCGCCCCCGCCGCUCCGGGAAGAAAGGGUGCUGUGUCUGGCGGCGAGCAGGCGCCGGAAUGGUGCGCCCGGGCCCAGGGCUGCACGGUGCACGGGGCCCCGAUACCAGGAGCGCAAAGCUCCGGGUGAGGCCUAGGAGAACCCCGCCGAGGGACCCCAGCCUACCGGUUCUCGGAGGGGCGAAAAAGCCAGGUCAGGUUGAGGGAGAGGAGGAGGAAGGGGUGUCCAGGAGACCGACUGGAAGAUGAGAGCGUCCCCCGGGGUAGCGACCGGCCUCUUGGAAAACCAGAGGCGGAGGGAGCAGCCGCGGAGUGGAGGGCGCAGGCCGGGACCUGGGCCUCUCCUCCCACAGCAAGCCCCCCGCCCACGCAUCAUCUGCAGCCGAGCGGCACCUACCUCCCUCUCCCCACCUCAUCCCUGCUCGCUCUUCCGCUGGUCAGGCCACGCGGGUGCCAGCGCGGGCUGGGGACGCCCCAGCCGCGGCCUUGGGGAGGGGGCAGGACUGAAGUUCACUCUCUCCCUGCGUGGUCUAGAAGCCCCUCGCCCACCCGCCACUGUCUCCCCCGCCUCUGGCUGCGCGCUUGGCGGAUCUUCUCCAUCAGUUCUGCCCACUGGAGUGGGAAGGGGCCGAGCCGAGCCGCGCGGGAAUUGGCAGGCGGGGAGGCGGGGAGGCGGGGAGGCGGGGAGGCGGGGUAAGAGACGAGAUGAAAUCGGCCCGGGACAGCAGAGUGCCUUGGGAUGGGAUGGGAGGGAAGAGGGGGUGACGGUUGCGUUUUCCAGGGCUGUGGGGGUGGUGCGCCUAUUGGAACCUACUCCUCAGCCUCCUUCCCCGUCCCCACCUAGGGGACUGGCGGACCGUGCGUCCCACAGACUUAACACUCCCCCCCACACCCCCGCUCCUAGAAGGGGUGUUCUCAGUGGACACCGACUAGGGCUCCAGAUCCCCUGAGACCCAGACAAGGGCUCCGGUCGUCUGUCCUCGUAGCUUCCAACUUUUCUGCUCCUCCGGAUAAGCGGGCAGUUCAGAGAUGGUUCCCAGGGCGGCAGCUGCAAGCCUCCCCGCGCCCCCCUCAAAGGUUCAGACUACACUCAAAGGCUCCCGAAGAAGCAAAACCACCAGCUCUACCCCCUUAUGCGGUUUGCCUCACCCUUCCCACCCGCCUCGAAACCCACACACACGGGAAAGGGGUGCAUGGAGCCCGCGUCCCGGUUUGCAGAAGCAGCGCGGAGCUACGGUCAUUUCUUCUUCACGCGGGGUCUCCAGCGCGCCUGAAUCUUUACCUAGCCAAGCCAAGCCAGGUCUAAUCAAUCACGUGCGUUAUUUCGUGCAUCACCCAAGCCGUCAUCUUAUCCAAGGCCCGGAGAUGAAGGAGGGAAAAAAAAUCGCUUAAUGCAACCCCAACCAAGCCUGUUUUCCCUUUUUCUCUCUGGUUAACCGCACUCCCGCAACCCCGCAAAGAAGCACCCCAGGCGGUGGUAGCUGACAGUUUUCUUAAAGAAGAAGGGAGGGGUCGGGGGGAGAAAAAGAAAAGAAAAGCCUCCCAUGCCUCACAGUUUGCAGAAGUCUUCCUGCCUUCACCAUCUCCAGCCCUGGCCGCUUCGCUCCUUCUCUCCCUGUACUGCAGAUACAUAUAUAUAUUUUUCCCCUCUCCCCGCCACAAUCUUCUGUUUAUUUGUAUGGAAGGCAGCGCUACUUUGUAAACACAUCACACACGGCCCCAGAGCCGUUCAAAUAGCUGAUUGCAGCAAAACGCUUCCAAACAACGGUAGUCCGGAUUUUUCUUUUUAAGUGAAAAUAAAACCAAAUAUUUCUGUGGAGAGGUUGCAUGUAAAAGCCGUAUGAAGGUCCACAAUCCCACCCACACCUAAGAAAUGGAGCGAGACAGAUAGGAGAAAGUCCUGUUCAAAUUUUCCAAAAAUAAUAUUAAUAAUCAUAAAAGAAAAAAAGAUCAAAUGAAGUGAAACUCAAGUAUCUGCAGUGAGGCUUUCCAUCCUUUGCUGGAAAACCACUGCAAGUCAAAAUGUUUAAACCGCUUUUUAAAAUAAGGAGAAUAAUAUCCCAGAGGCACGUCUUAAAACUACACCUACCUUAGCUUUGGAAGAGCUGCAUCGGCUGUUAAGAGUUCUUUUUACACGUCCAGAUUUUUCUAGGGAACUCGAAACGAGGUAUGAUUCAGGAGGAUGUUUUGAAAGCCCAGGAGCCUUCCCCUUCUGGAACCCCCCAACUAGAUUCGCUCAUCCAGAGGAAUGCAAGAGCCACCAACACCGCCUAGUUUGGAGGAAAUUCGUUGUUUCUGCCGUCAAUGGUCUGUGGACGGGCAGAACAAGCAUUACAAUUGAAGCAGGAAGGACCGAGCUAGUGGCUGAAUAAGAGCUCUGUGCUAAGAGACAGAGAAGGGAGAGAGACGGUUCUGCAAGAAAAAGAGAGAUUGAGGAGAGAGGUCCUGCUGUCUCCGGGGCUCUCCCUCUGCCAUUGGACCAAACUGAAUGAAAUUUACAAAGCCAGCAGCCAAUAGAUCUCCGGAGUCGGCCCCAUCACUACAGAAACCACAUCCACAGCUACAACCUCAUGCAAUGAGCAGCUAAUCCCAGUGCAAACCAGCUGUAACGGAGAGAUCCCGGGUACCCGGGAGAUAGAGCAGGUGGGCAUGGCACACGGUGCCACCGCACCAGACGCGCACAGCAAACCUUCUUCCUCUUUGCUUUUUUAGGACUCUCUAGAUACCCUCCACACCAAACAUGCUGCAGUAUAUGCAAACAUCUUUAACUGUUUAAGGUCAUGAUCUCCAGCAGUCCCUGUGUCUGCGUUAUUGAGUCAAUUGGGAAGCAAUGAUAUAAAAAAAAUUUUUAAGAGCAGCAAAAAUUGGAAUGCAGCUCUGUAAAAUACAGGACCUCUUUUAUGCUCAGGGUAUGGUUGAGAGGGGAUCGAUGAAAGCUUUUUGUUUACUUCUAUUCUUAUACUUUCAUGAGUUUGAUAAAAUAUUGGAGUUGUGCCCAGGAUGAGGCAUUUGUUUUUAAAUACGCCUCUUCAUUUCCAGGGUCCAGGAGGUUAUCUUUCUGAGGAAGUUUCAAGUUGUGGGGGGCGAGGAUGGGGGUAUGGCCCCUGUACUUAAAGUUGAGUUGGAGAAAGUUGGAUUUAAUUUGGCAAUGCAAAGAUCAGAGGGCAUCAUAGAGUGUUGUGACAAUGAACACGGAUUUUAAAAUAAGAUUGCUUGGGUUCAAGUUGCAUGUGACUUUAGGUGUGUAUUUUAAUGGUUUACCUCCAUUUCUGCAUCUGCAAAAUGGAACAGGUAAUCGACAUGUAAUACUGUAAUGAUUAGCUGAGUUAAUGUGUGGGGCCUCAUAGUCUUCACAACAAUAUUACAUGGUGAUUACUUUUAUUCUUCUGCCUGGCCAGAAAAGUUAGCUUUUCUUAAAAUUAUUUCAUGGUCCAUUAAUUCAUUUAUGGAAGGAAAAAAAUAGUGUCUGCAACACAUAGGAUAUCCUCCUAAUUGCUUCUGCUUUAGGCAGUAAACCGAAGCAUGAAGCCUGCCACGAUGAUGUGAAGGAUACUUGGGCAACAUGACCAAUAAUAGGGAAGGUGAUAGACACCAAUUUGGGGACCUGGUUUCAUGUAAAGACUCUAUCCUCACAAACUUUGCCUUGUUGUAAAGUCAGUUAUGUUCUGUGAAUCUGUUAAACUGAGAUUAAAAUUACCUUUCCUGUGGGCUUCUUGUGGAGACUACAUGAAAUAAUAUGUAUAAAAGCACUUUUUACCAAUAAGAUAGGUACACAGAUAUACACUUAUCUAUUAAUAGACACCUAUACCCAAUAAUAGAAAAAACAUAUCC